AUGUUAACCAAUAACUGUAAACUAGUCAGAAUCCGUUAUCAUCAUGUUAUAUUAUUAUUAUUACUAUUAUUAUUAACUUUUAUCAAUCAUGUGAAUUCAUCAAAUCAAGAAGAGAUUGUUGUAGCGAAAUGGAAAUUCAAUGAAUUCGAAAUACAUAUCACUGUGAUGUUAUUUUUAUUAGCUGUAGUAUUCAUUAAAAUAGCUUAUCAUUAUAUACCAUAUGUAUCGUCAUAUGUUCCAGAAUCAUUUAUACUUAUUCUCAUUGGAAUUGUAUUCGGCGCCAUUGUACGUUAUGGCAUUGAUCAAGGUUCAACAAAAAUUACAUCAUGGAAAUUUACACCAGAAAUAUUUUUCAAUUAUUUACUACCACCUAUUAUAUUAGAAUCAGCUUAUGGAUUAUAUAAUCGUACAUUUAGUGAAUAUCUUGGCACAGUGAUGUUAUUUGCUGUAUUAGGUACAAUUUUUAAUUUUUUAAUUAUUGGAUUUGUUAUGUAUGGUUUAUUUAUUGGCGGUGCAUUUGGUUAUCCAGAGAUUACAGUUGAUUUAAGCAGUUUUCUACUAUUCAGUUCAUUAAUUGUUGCAAUAGAUCCUGUGGCUGUAUUAGCUAUAUUUCAAGAUAUAGGAUUAGAAUUAAAUUUAUAUUAUAUAGUUUUUGGUGAAUCUUUGUUGAAUGAUGCUAUCACUGUUGUGCUGUAUGAAAUAAUGAUUGCAUUUACUGGUAAAGAAAAUAUAACCGGUGAACAAAUCGGUAUUGGGAUUGCAUCAUUUUUCACUGUAAGUUUUGGUGGCCUAUUGAUCGGUGUGGUAUUUGGUGUGUUAACAUGUUUAAUCACACGGAUUCGUAGUCAUCUAGCUAUAUUCACAAUGUUAUCUUUGGCAUAUUUCUCCUAUAUCAUGGCUAAUUGUAUUGGUUGGUCCGGAAUUAUAUCAAUGAUUGCAUGUGGUCUUAUACAAACAGCUUAUGCAUUUCAUAAUGUCGAUGCACAAACACGUAUCACUGUGCAUAAUUUUGUUAGAGUUGUUGCAGAAAUUAGUGAAUCAGUUAUAUUUCUAUUCUUAGGUAUUGCAGUUAUUGGUGAAACAUUAAAAUGGCAUACAGGUUAUAUUUUAUGGGCAAUGGUAAUUUGUUUAAUAGCUCGUGGUAUUGUUGUAUUAUUAAUGACAUCUAUAGUGAAUAUAAUCAAUGUAGAUGAUAUAAAAAUUACACUAACUGAACAAACUGUUCUAAUUUAUGGUGGUCUACGUGGUGCUGUAGCAUUUUCAUUGGCUAUUUUAAUUCCACCCGAGAUUUUAGGCAAAAAUGGUGAAGAGAAUCAAAGUUUAAUUGUUACCACAACAUUAUUUAUUAUAUUAUUUACAGUUGGUGUAAUGGGUAUUACAAUUAAACCAUUAGUGAAAGUAUUAAAAAUACGUAUGGAAGAUAAAAAGAAAUUAAGUUUAUUCAAAGCUUUAAAUGAUAAUGUACUGGAUGAAAUGUUAUCAGGCAUUGAAGUGAUCAUUAAUUGUAAACGUCGUAAUGUUAUAAGAGAUUUCAUUAAACGUAUUGAUGAGAAAUAUAUUCGUAGAAUAUUACAACGUAAUCCAGAACAUUAUAAUGAGAAAUUAUUUAAAAUUUAUGAAAAAAUCUCCUUACGUUUACAUUAUGCUGCAAUGCGUCCAAAUCAAUCGAAAUGUUUAUUAACUGAUUUACCCGAAUCGAUUACAUAUAAAUAUUUGACAAAUAAUUUAUUAACAGGACAAAAUAAUAUUAUUCAUGUCAAUCAUACUACUUAUGAUAAUAAUAAUAAUAAUAAUAAUAAUAAUAAUAAUGAACCACUAAGAACUAGUCAUAGUUCAGCAAUAGAAAUAUUCAAUAAUGCUUCUAUUGAUUUCAAUGCUACGAAUAACAAUGUCAAUAAUCAUAAUCAACAGAGAAAAUGUUUCAAGAAAAGAAAACCGUUCUUCAAAAUUCAUAAAUCUAAUGACACAAUCGAUGAACAAAUGGAACAAGGUGAUAUCAUCAAUCAAUCAAUCAACAACGAUAAUCAUCAUCAUCAUCAUCAUCAUCAACAACAAACUAUGACAUCAAAUAAUCCAUCACCGAAUACAACAACUACAUUAAGACAUCACAGACGACAACCAAUAUUACCGAAUAUUAGUGAACAACAAACAGAUUUCAAUGAUCAAUUUUUAAACAUUUUAAAAUCACGUAAUUAUGAAUUAAUGUCAAAAUUAACAAAACCAUCAUUACCUAAACUGUCUGCAGUUCCAACACCAGCUACACUAGAAACAUUUACAUCUGGAACACUACCUCAUUCUUCAUCAGUAAUACCAAGGAAUAAUGCUUCAUCAAGUAAUGUUAAAAUGUCAGAAGAAAAAGAUGAUCAGGAACAUGGACAACAACCAUCUAGACAGUCAGAGUACCCUAUUCAAACAAUCAUACAAGAUAAACGUCAUAAAACUCAUUUUACAUAA